GGGAUGGGGCCGUGCGGGCGGGGCUGGGCGCGCUGCGGGGGCCCGCGGCUCCGCGGCCCGCUGCGGGCGCUGGCGCUGGCCGGGGCCCUCCCGCGGCCGGCGGCGGCUGGGUGCCGGGGGCCGGGCCCGCAGCCGGCGCGCGGGCUGCGCGGCUCCAACCCCUUCGCCCGCGGCCAGGAGGAGGAGUGGCGGCGCCGCAACCGCACGACGCUCAGCUACAUCGCCGCCGCCGCCGUGGGCAUGGUGGGCAUGUCCUACGCGGCCGUGCCGCUCUACCGCCUCUACUGCCAGGCCACGGGCCUCGGCGGGACGACGGGCGCAGGCCACGGCGCGGAGCAGAUCGAGAGCAUGAAGCCUGUUAAAGACCGGGUCAUUAAGGUCACUUUCAACGCGGAUGUGCACGCCAGCAUACACUGGAAUUUCAGACCUCAGCAGACCGAAAUCUACGUGGUACCAGGAGAGACUGCACUGGCAUUUUAUAAAGCAAAAAAUCCUACUGACAAACCAGUAAUUGGAAUCUCUACGUACAAUGUAGUACCCUUUGAAGCAGGACAGUAUUUCAAUAAAAUACAAUGUUUUUGUUUUGAAGAACAGCGGCUUAAUCCUCAAGAGGAAGUGGACAUGCCUGUCUUUUUCUACAUUGAUCCAGAAUUUGCAGAGGACCCUAAAAUGGCUAAAGUUGAUUUGAUCACUCUCUCUUAUACCUUUUUUGAAGCAAAGGAAGGACAUAAAUUACCACUUCCAGGAUAUCAAUAAUAGGCAAUAUCUACAUAAUUGGACUUCUGUUAUCUGACCACCAUUUUGAGACCAUUUUUCCCAUGGAAGGAGAAACUAUAAAAAUCACACACAAGUACUGCACAAUAUGAAAUUAUAUUAUUAAAGCACUAUGGGCACAUGCUGCCGUUCUGACAGAA